UAAAGCGGGGAGCCCCUUCCUCCGUGUUCACAACCGGCGCUUCGUUAUCGUAGGUCGGUGCUGGCUGCUUUCAAGUAAGUAAGGCAUAGCGAAUAUAACUGCACGACGGCCCUUCUUUCUCCGCCACCGCCGCCGCCGCCGUCGAGAGCUGCAGCAGCCAUUAGCAGUUUUUCUUUUCGUACUCAAGGACGUUUUGGCGAACUGCCUUUCAAUUGGCUGGGGUGGGGUGCAAGGGGGUAAAGUGGGAGCAACGGCUGCUCUUUCUCUCUCUCUCUUGUUUAAUCGCGCGCCGAUUAUUUGCCAACGCGACUUUACAUAAUUCGCUCUGAGCCGCCGCAGCCGCCGUGUGCAACCUUUCCGUCUGCUGUCUGCAACUCGCGGCGAUUCGCACCUCCGGUGACCGACCGCUGUGCGUCCACCUUCGGGACCCUCGAACGCAUGUAGUUGUCUGUCUCUCGCCCCCGACCGACCGCUGUCUGCUGGACAAUUCGCAACCCUUCGCAAAUCUGCAUCAUGAGUGAUCUUUCUCUGAUUCGAUUGUGCGGCGAGGAAGGAGGUGGCGGCGAGAUGGGGAGUGCGUCGCAGCAAUACUGCCUGCGCUGGAACAACCACCGCACCAACCUGCUGACGGUCUUCGACCAGCUGCUGCAGAGUGAGGCCUUCACCGACUGCACCCUGGCCUGUGAGGGUGCGACCAUCAAGUGCCACAAGAUGGUGCUGGCCGCCUGCUCCACCUAUUUCCAGAUGCUGUUCCUCGAGGUGGCCUGCUCGCACCCGGUCGUUGUCCUUAAGGACAUUCGAUACACCGACAUGAAGGCCAUCCUUGAGUACAUGUACCGAGGCGAGGUCAACGUUGCGCAGGACCAGCUCGCCAGCCUUCUCAAGGUUGCCGAAGCCCUCAAGGUGAAAGGUUUGGUUGAAGACAACAGCCAGAAUUUAGCAAGUAAUGGAGAGCCUGCCGCCCCAUCAUCCCCACCCACAAUCAGCACUUCGGCGAACAUCAGCUCGCUGCCGCCGAACCUGUCGCCACCGCACUCAGCCGGCCUGCUGAACCCGUUCUCUAAGAACUACAUGUACAGCAAGUCAAUACUGGGAGGCGCGGCGGCGGCCGCGGCUGCUGAAAGGGCGCGUCUGGGGUCGUUGCCCAUGUGGGCAAUGCCGGGCCUUCCACCGGGCAUGCCCCCGCUGGCCAGCCACUCUCUCAGCAGCAGCUACGACUCGCCGCUGAAACGCAAGAAGCUGCAGAGUCUCCUCAACAACAGGGACACGCCCAUCCUGCGCACCGUCCUUGGACAAAGUCUGCAGCAGCCGGCCACUGGCAGCUCUGCCUCGGCGUCGCCACCUGGCAGCAGUCAGUCCCCGGCCGCCGACUCCUCUCAGCAACCCGUCUCUUUAGUGUGCCAUCCCGAACGAGCCCAGUCUAAUGGAUCUGCUCACAGCAGGAGUUACAAAGGAGAGCCUUCAAUGGAUGACGACCAGCAUUCGUACUCGGACAUAAACGUGGAUGAAGAGAUGAAUGAGUCUGUGGGAAAAAUGAUGUUGCCUGGAUCAACGCACCCGACUUACUCUGGGGACAUGAAAGGAGGAAUUGCGCCAUACGUGCCAGCACAGAAGCCUGAAUGGAAACGAUACAAGCAGUACACACGCAAUGACAUCAUGUCCGCCAUCGAUGCCGUCCGCAACGGGAUGAGUGCCUUGCAGGCUGCGCGCAAAUUUGGGGUCCCUUCACGCACGCUGUAUGACAAGGUCAAGAAACUGGGCAUCACCACGAGCCGGCCUUUCAAGCGGGGUAGCUUCCAGUUUGGAGGCGGCCUCAGCGCCAGCCAGGAAAACCUGAACCACUCUGGCGGAAACUUCUGCAGCCAAUCAGACGCCGAGGAACAAGUUUCGUCCGACAACAUCAUGGGCAAGUCUGAUGACGGCCGGGAUGAAGCGACAGCCGCCAGCGUCCUCAUCAGGGCGAGUCCGUGUCGAAGUCCGAGCCCCCCGGGACUUCAGGGCCACUUCAUGAGCGGGGCCUCCGGCCACUUCCGGGCCAGCAGUAGUCCGAGCCCAACGGCCAGCAGCGGCCACAGCCACGACGAGGUUGAGGACCUGUCUGUGUCUGGAGGACGCAAAUCUUCGCCACUGCCACCUGCGGUGACGCAGGUCGCCGUGCCCAUCACGCCCUUGCACCCGCACAUAGUGUCCCUCAAAGAGAGCACAAUCGACGACUCAUCGGCCGUGCGGACAACGACGGUCGGUGGUGGAGGCGACGCCGAGCACGACUGAAACUUGUUAGUUGACUACCAUUCCCUCCUCCUCUCCUCCUUGCUGCCUAAGACUGCUUGCCAGAUGAUUUUCCACUGAUUAUUUACACAGUCGUUUGGUUCGUUGAUUGAUCGAGAAAUAUUAUUGAUCGAUAUUUUGCUGAAAUGUAACACACAGACACACUUUUGAUUAAGAACGGACCACUCUGCCUCUCAAUGUCAUUCGUGGAAUUUCACACAGACCAAGUUUUUAAACAAUGCGCGUCAUUAUUGUUGAGAUACACACUAUAUGAAUAUUUAAUCGUUACGUUUUCGCGGGUGGUCUGAGUAAUAUGGUAUAUUUUUAACGUCUCUCACGCCAGGUCUCUGCUGCAUUGUUUAAUUUCGUUCACAAAAACAACAACUGACACACCAGAGUUUUGCCUUGGUCAUGGACAAUUUGCAAAAUGGGCAAAUUCAAGUAACAAUUUUUGGGUAGAAAAGUUAUUACGCAAACACUUUAAACUUUGGCAACAAUCACACUUAUCUUGUUUGCAAUUUUGCAAGUUGUCUAUUCACGGGGACCAGUUUAUCGAAGUGAACUUAGAAGCUCCAUCAGUGAUUGAAAAAGACUUUAAAAUAUGCAUUGCUAUGAUUUCCUUAUUUUUUUCCUCCCGAACGGGAGGCACAAACAACCAUAAGACUGAGAAUCACUUUCAUUAUAACAUUGCUAAUCUUAUCCUUCAAUUUCUAAUUCACACACUGUUGUUUUGGGAGCUUAAACUUAAAUAGACUGAGAAAUCACACACACACACAUACACACUUGAGACACAAAAAUGCAACGUUUGGCCCGGUACGGAGAUUUGAAUGGACAGUUUGAAGUAAUUAAGACGGAAAUGUAUAUAGGUAGAGAGCUCUGCAAUAGAGCUGGACAAGCAAGUGCGUUGGCGAUGAAAGCAAAAAUUAAUAUUUUGACUGCACAUGAACUGCAUUGAUAUGUAACACACAAUAUUUCGGGGGGCUUGUAAUCGUUAAUAAUUUUAGAUUGUAUAUCAAACAUUAUUUAAUCUUGAAGUUCUUUGAACUAACGUUUUUGAAGGUUUUUUUUAACACAUAAUUGUAGCAUAUAAUUAUUACUGGAUUCAAAAGUUGGAUUUUACAGUUUAUCCGCCAUGUUUUGCAAUCGCUCAGUUGCAAUUUUUUUCUGUUUAUUUUAAAACGAAAUAAGCGAGUUUGCUGCUUUUUAUUGACUGAUUCAGUUCACAAAGUGUGUACCACACGUGAAGGGACGGCGGCCGCUGGUGACUGAAAUUUGAAUCAAAACAGCGCCGCCUCGAGUGUACACGCGCUAGUCAAUGAAAGCUUAUUAUAUCAAGUAAUUAUCACUGCCAGAGAUCAACUCACGAUUUUGUAAAAGAGACACUUACUACUCUAUCAUGGGCUUGCUUUUCACGUUAACAAUUGUCUAUGAGAAUGUGUUCAUGUUGAUAUUUAAGUAGCGCUUUUCUUGAAUGGGAAACUGGAAAAUCCAAUCUUUUUUCUACUUUAUUAUACAAGCAAAUGGGAAAGAAAGAAAAAUCAAUCAUACACACACAUGUUGCUUUGUUGGACAAGAGAUGAGUAAAAUAAAACUUGACAAUGACA